UCACCUUUUGUGGAAAUACAUCAACCAAGACUGCCACAAGCAUCAGAUUUCUCGCUGUGAGAGAGAGGGGGGAUAGCGCUCGCUUUAUUGAGAAAGACGAAGAGAGAGAGGGCGAGGGAGAAACAACUCUGGACGACUGAAGACUUGCUGUUGCCACAAAUACAUAACGACAGAAACACCUAAAGAAAAACAGCUAAAUACAUCUGUAAAAGUUACAGAUCGAGCCAUGGACGGGAUGGUAGCAUUUGGACGCGCUUCGCUCUCGUGCACCUUGCUGCUUUGCUUUUCAUUGCAAGUGUGCUGGGCCGUUGUGACAGUGACAGUGACAGUGACUCCCAAGGUGGAGGUGAUCAAGGGAGAGUCAGCCAUUCUGCCCUGCACCUUCAAAAUCCCUCCCUCCCCGAAGAACAUCGUAGAGUGGUUCAUUGAGGAGGGUGGCACCAGGAAGCGUGUUGCGUUCCGCUCCGUGUCGGGCGGCGAGGGGAAGAGUGAUGAGGGGACACGUCUGUCCGACAGAGUGACCAUGGGAAAGGACUUCUCUCUGAACAUCUCCCCCGUGGCGGUGGAGGACCAGCUGCCCUUCUACUGCCAGGUCACUGCUGGCCCUGCCGGGGUUGGAGAGGCCAUCACACAGCUCAAAGUCUUCUUCGCUCCAGAGAUGCCAGAGGUCACUGGAUCCAACCAGGCCAUAUCUGUAGGAGACUCCUCCACACAGGUGGGCCAGUGUGUGAGCCAUAACGGUCACCCCCAGCCCAGGAUCAUCUGGUUCCAGGACUCCAAGCCUCUGCCUGAGGUCAAGGACAACAAAGAGAAGGUGUACAUGGUGCCGUCAGUGGUAAAGGAAGCAUCAGGUCUGUUCACCAUCACCAGCACCCUGAUGAUGCAGCCCCAGAAGGCUGACAAGGACAGCGUGUACCACUGCACCGUGGAGUACAGCAUGCCCAACGACAUGAUCAAACAGAUCGACUCUGACACCUUCUCCCUCACCCUCAACUAUCCCUCUGAGACAGCGACCUUUGUCCUGGUGAACACUGAGCCAAUCAGAGAGGGUGACGAGGUGAAGAUGAUGUGUGAGACAGACGGAAACCCUCAGCCUGAGAUUGAGUUCUUUAAGGAUGGGAUAAACAUUAAGGAAGGAGUAGCAGGGGGACUUUUGACUCUGAAGUCUGUCAAGCGUUCGGAUGCUGGGGUGUACAAGUGUAUGGCCACCGACUUUGAUAACCUGGAUGCUGAUCUUAAUGGAGAAGUCACCCUCUCUGUCCACUACAUUGACCCAAUGAGUGUGAGACCUGCUGGUCCAUUGUCGACAAUGACGGGAGACAUGGUGGAGCUGCAGUGUAAGACCAAGGCCUCAGACUCACACACCGUCCAGUGGAAGAAGGGCUCCACGGUGCUGUCCCAGACUGGUGUCUUGUCUCUGAAGUUGGUGACAUUCGCUGAAGCUGGCGAGUACUCCUGUGUGGGCGCAGUGCCCUCUGUGCUUGGGCUCACCUCCAAGGCCAGCGUCAAUCUCACCGUCUCAGGUAAACCUGAGAUUGAUGCAGCUGUUGAUGGAAUGGUGGAGAAGGAGGGAGACAUGGUGACUCUGUCCUGCUCUGCUCACGGACAUCCUGCCCCACAGUUCACCUGGACACCCUCAGGAAAGGAGUCAGUGUCGGUGAAGGGUAACAAGGUGGUCAGUAUGGUCAUGCUGGAGGCCAGUGCUGCGGUCCUGAAGGACGGGGUCACCUGCGAGGCCAGUAACGACCACGGCGCAGCCUCCCAGGUCUUCAAAGUCACCAUCAAACAAGCCGUCGAUCCCAACGCAGCCAAUGAUGCAGGCAGAGGGAACCAUGUGCUUAAAACAGCUGAUAAGCAGCAGGGUGGCUCCAGUGGCGUGGUGAUAGCCGUGGUGGUGUGUGUCCUAAUGCUGCUGCUGCUGGUGGCACUCCUCUACUUCCUCAACAAGAAGGGCAAGCUGCCCUGCAGCAAGAAGGACAAUAAGGAAGUGGCAAGUGGGGAUGUGAAUAAUGACAUUGUGGUGGAGAUGAAGACAGAAAAGGCCAAUGAAGAAGCUGGCCUUCUGAACAAGCCAGGAGCACAGCAGUGAGGAACAGAGGAGAAUAUGACACAAGAAGACAGAAAGAGAGGGAUGAAGGGAUGGAUGAAAAACGACAGCAGGGCUUGUUUUAUUUUUGAUAGGGGGAGAAGUCGGACUGAGGGAGAAAAGACGGUGGAAUGGAAGGGUGUUUUUGUAGGGAUGUGGGGUAACCUGUGUGGGGCGGGGGGAGGGAGGGGGGUUAUUUAAACAUGAGACCUAAUACAUCACUGAACAUCAUCAUGACAUUAUCAGAGUGUAAUCCCUUUCCACCAAUCACAACCAUUGGUUGACCGUGUAGAAUAGAGCUGUACAGUGUCCAACAUGACUCUAGCCACAGUAACUCUACCCCAAUCCAAACAGAAAAUGCCAUUGUGUUGCAGGAGUGUGUGUGAGUGUGUGUUUGUGAGUGUGUGCUGUAUUGCAUUGUGUAUCUGAGCUGUGGGUUGUUCUUCGUUCAGUCACUGUAGAACUGGAUGUGUCUGUUCUGUGUGGAGUCUGCAUCUAGCCCAUUCUGGUGGACAUGGG